CUCCUUUAUUUAGAAGUGUCAACUCGUGAAUCCCACUUAGAUUUGUCUGCCAAAGGGAUCUGCACAAGAACUGAUUUCUCACUGAAGCAAGAUGAAACUCCUUAUCAUAGCAGCGCUGGCGAUCUUCUACGCCUCAGCUCUCUCAUGCAUUUUCGGAGAUGUCAUGAAGAUCGACACGACUGGAGCAUCUGAGCAAACAGCUCGCCAAGACAAGCUCACUGUAAAGGGGGUGCAAGCUUCAUAUACACUGGCUGAGCACGAUCUGAAGAGGAUGGCGCAGUACAAGAACAUCAUCAUGAAAGUUGGCAGAGCUAAGCAGAUGGACGCAGCUGUGAUCGCAGCUAUCAUAUCCAGAGAGUCGAGGGCUGGAGCAGCGCUUGUUGAUGGCUGGGGAGACCACGGGAACGGCUUCGGACUCAUGCAGGUUGAUAAACGCUACCACAAACCGAGGGGAGCGUGGAACAGUGAGGAGCAUGUCACACAAGGCACUGAGAUUCUGAUUGACUCUAUAAGAGCGAUUCAGCGAAAAUUCCCAAACUGGCCCAAGGAGCACCAGUUUAAAGGGGGAAUCUCAGCCUACAACGCUGGAGUAAGAAACGUCCGCACAUAUGAGGCCAUGGACGUUGGGACCACGGGAAAUGAUUAUGCCAAUGAUGUAGUGGCCAGAGCUCAGUGGUUCAAACGCAACGGCUACUGAACAGCAUUCAUAUUUCCUAUAUUGUAGCACUGCAAACUCAUGCAACACUGGCUGAAUAAAUCUUUAUUUUGCAUUGAU